AUGCCCAUGCCUGAUAAUAGUCCGAAAUUUCUUCAUAUUUAUUUUAUGGGCAAUUGUGAAGAGCGCGUGACGACUCGGUGCCAGCAUAAUUUCAUUGAACAAGCAGAGGAAAGAGCAAUUGUGAUAUUGCUGGAAACCGUUUUAGAAGAUCAGAAUCAACUAAUUCGAUUGAUUAAAAGAGUUUCGCCACGACUGCAAAAUGACAACUAUCAAAUCGUCAUCAAAGCCGACAAAGUACCAUUAGGUGAACAUGCUGGUAGAUUCAACGCUCCAACUGUUGAUGAUGUUGCCAUUAUUAUGGUCGGUGAUCCAGUUGACAAAAGAGCUAUAAAAAUUACACGGCGAGACAACACUGUCAGUACCGUUUCGGAUCUACACCGUUCAUAUGACGCACUGCAAUAUCCAUUAAUAUUUUGGCAACGACAGGAUGAAUACCACCUUAAAAUCAACCAGUGUGAUCCAAAUACAGGUGCUUAUGGAAAUAAAAAAGUUAGUUCAAUGAACUACUACGCACACCGAAUAAUGGUUAGACUAAAUCAGGGCAACUAUAUCCUACGAUUUCGUCAGCUAUUUCAUCAAUACAUUGUUGAUAUGUUUACGAAGGUUGAAAGCGAACGCCUGCGAUUCAUUCGAUACAACCAGGUUAAAUUACGAUCGGAAGAAUAUAUUCACUUACGAGAUGCUGUUGCUGGAAACAUCGACGGAAAUUUGAAUCCCAAUGACAUCGGUAAGUCUUUCAUUUUGCCUUCAAGCUACAUCCGCAGUCCACAGAAUAUGCAGGAAUACAUACAAGAUGCCAUGACUUACGUACGUCAUUACGGCCGACCGGAUUUGUUUAUUACAUUCACGUGUAAUCCGAAUUGGCAAGAGAUACAAACUUUACUAUUACCAGGACAACAAGCAAUUCAUCGUCAUGAUAUAACUGCACUUUUUGAUAAAAUCCGUCCGGAAGAAAUUGAUCAAAUAAUUUCAGCCGAAAUUCCAAACCCAUUAAUUGAUCAGGAAUUAUUUGAUAUUGUUACCAAACACAUGAUCCAUGGGCCGUGCGGUGCUUUCAACAUGACGUCAUCAUGCAUGGAAAAUGGAAAAUGUAAGAAAAAAUUCCCAAAGCCGUAUACUAAUGACACCAUUACGAAUGUUGACGGUUAUCCAAUGUAUCGCCGCAGAAAUAGUGAGAAUGGCGGGCACACAUUCACAAUGCGACUACAUAAUUAUCCAAAUCAAGUAGAACUUGAUAAUCAGUGGGUGGUACCAUACUCACCAUUACUUUCAAAAACUUAUGCAGCACAUAUCAAUGUUGAGCUUUGCAGUUCGACAUUGAUAUAUGCUGAUGUUCCACGUUAUUUUCCAUGGAACAAAUCUAGAAAAAAAUGGGAGCCACGAAAACAAGAAAAACCACAUCCUUCCAUUACAGGCAUAUUUAAAGCUAAGACAUUAGGGCGACUUAACACGGUACAUCCAAAGCAACGUGAGUGCUUCUAUUUACGUUUGUUAUUGGUGAAUGUUCCCGGACCAACGUCUUUUAAAUGUCUGCGAACAGUUAAUGGUCGAGUAUUCAAUACAUUUCAAGAUGCAUGUCGUGAACUGCAAUUGCCAGAAGACGAUAAGCAUUGGGACUUAACGCUUGCUGACGCUGUGUUGACAUCAACACCCAAUAACAUUCGUCAGCUGUUUGCAGUUAUUUUGACGACAUGUUAUCCAUCAGAAGCACAAACUUUGUGGGAAAAAUAUAAAAAUUGGAUGACAGAAGACAUAUUGCAACGAAAUAGACAGACAGAUCAAUGCCAAAAUAUAGAUUAUACGCCAGAGAUGUAUAAUGAAGUGUUAGUGUUGAUCGAGGAUUUAUGUGUGGUAAUUCCAAAUUUACCACUUAAUCAUUAUGGUAUGCCACCACCUAAUCGCCCAGUUACCGACUUAGUCAACGUCGAUUUACAACGAGAAAAACAAUAUGAUCGUGGAAAUUUAGCAACAAUUAUUGUGAACAGUGAGCCAUUACGGACACCAGAACAAAAAAAUAUUAAUGAUCGGAUUAUACUGGCUGUUGCUGCUGAACAAGGUGGUUUUGUUUUCUUGGACGCACCAGGGGGAACCGGUAGGGCAUUUUUAAUAUCGUUGAUUCUUGCCAAAAUACGGUCGCAACAGAAAAUCGCAUUGGCAGUUGCAUCGUCAGGCAUUGCAGCUACUUUGCUAGAUGGUGGGCGAACGGCAUAUUCAACAUUUAAGCUGCCAUUGGACAUUCAUAAUAAACCAAAUGCAAUAUGUAGCAUAAAAAAGAAUAGUGGAAUAGCUGCAGUGUUGCGGAAGAGUUCAAUAAUAAUUUGGGAUGAGAGCACAAUGGCUCACAAAUAUUCACUCGAAGCAUUGCAUAGAACUAUGCAAGAUUUAAACGGCAGUAAUGAACUUUUCGGUGGUGCUAUCUUACUUUUGUCGGGUGAUUUCCGACAGACCUUACCGGUUAUACCUCGCUCUACUUUCGCGGAUGAGAUUAAUUCAUCUUCGAAACACUCAUUUUUAUGGCGAAGUGUUGAAACACUUCGAUUGACCAUAAACAUGCGCGUACGAUUGCAAAAUGAUCCAUCAGCACAAAUAUUUUCCGAACAAUUACUAGAUAUUGGGAACGGCAAAAUAGAAUUUCAACCAAACAUGCAAUGCAUUAAACUGCCAGACAGUUUCAGCACUGUUCUUCAGGAAAAAAAUGAAUUGAUUCAAAGUGUUUUGCCGAAUAUACGGAAUAAGUACUUGAAUCACAACUGGCUCAGUGAUCGAGUGAUUUUGGCAGCUACAAAUGUUGACGUUGACGAAAUUAACUUUCAGAUACAACAGUUGUUACCAAGCGAUCUGAUGUCUUUCAAAUCAAUCGAUACUGUUGGUGAUGAAAAUGAAAGUGUCAAUUUCCCAAUUGAAUUUUUAAAUUCACUAGAUAUACCUGGAAUGCCACCACAUAAUCUUCGAUUAAAGAUUGGUUCCCCUAUUAUUCUAGUACGUAAUUUGAAUCCACCUCAAUUAUGCAACGGUACGCGUUUGGUCAUCAAAAAGAUCACUGGAAAUAUUCUUGAAGCAACCAUUUUAACUGGGAAGUUUAUAGGAAAAGUGGUCCUGUUGCCACGUAUUCCAAUGAUACCAUCAGAUUCUACCAUACCCUUCAGAAGGCUACAGUUUCCAAUUCGUUUAGCUUUUGCCAGGACUAUAAAUAAGUCUCAAGGCCAAACAAUGUCCAUUUGUGGUUUAGAUUUGGAAAAUCCAUGUUUUUCCCAUGGGCAACUAUAUGUUGCAUGUUCACGUGUAGGAAAACCAUCAAAUCUAGUUGUGUUAGCUAAAGACAGGUUAACCAAAAAUAUUGUGCACCGAUUAGUCCUAUUAUAA